AUGCGACCAAUCCUCGGGGUCAAUGCGCUUAUCGCCUUAUCGCGAUAUGAAAACAACCUUCCCCCGUUCACCUCUCCAGACACUUUCCCCAGAUCAAUUGCACUCGCCGCCAUGGAGUUUCUGGCAUUGCCGCCCUCGCUGCAAGCCUUUCUGGAGCAUCGCGUGCCUCCCGAACUACUGGAGUUUACUCCGUACAUUGGAGUCGCGCUCGCCUCCUUGGUCGCAGUGUACGUGGGGUACCUCUACACCAAGAGCUGGAAAGAGGCAGCUGUUGAUUUCAAUGUUCCUAUCCCUUCUGAGGUAUGCGACAAUGCGUCCAUCAAGACAUGGGGUGAGGUUCAGGGGCAGCAGAAGAUGGUGUUGGAGGAUCAAGCUAAAGGAAAAUGGAACAGUCAACUUGUCAUGUCCUACUGUCCUGCAGAUGGGAGAGUGCUCGGUAAAGGGAUUAAACCCGCCACGGUUGACGACGUCAACGCCGCCGUUCGGAAUGCGAAAGCUGCUCAGCCGGAAUGGGCAAAGACUACUUUUGCGGAGCGCCGAAAGGUUCUCCGGACACUGCUGAAGUAUGUGAAUAUGAUUGCGUCGCGCCUUGGACCGGACAAAACACCUGCCUACGGACACCCCCUGAAGCCUGUCGCCUGUCUAACCUCCCGCAGAUACGUUCUAGACCACCAAGAUGACCUCGCUACCGCAUGCUGUCUGGAUACCGGCAAAACAAAAGUUGACGCUUGUUUUGGCGAAAUCCUUGUGACGGUGGAGAAGCUCAAGUGGACAAUUGACCAUGGCGAGAAGGCACUGCAACCAGAGCGGCGACCGACCAACUUCUUGAUGAUGUAUAAGAAGAACGUAGUCAGAUACGAACCGCUCGGGGUGGUGGGUGCCUGUGUCUCCUGGAACUAUGCCUUGCACAACUUCAUCGGUCCGAUCAUCAGUGCGCUGUUCAGCGGCAACGCAGUAGUCGUCAAACCAUCUGAACAGACCGCAUGGUCCACAACCUACUUCCUCGAUAUGGUUCGCGGCGCACUCUCCAGCUGUGGCCACUCACGCGACUUGGUCCAAAUGGUAGUCUGCCUGCCCAAUGUUGCCGACACAUUCACCUCACACCCGGACGUCGCGCAUCUGACCUUCAUCGGAUCCCGACCCGUCGCCCACAAGGUCUGUGAAUCCGCCGCCAAGGCCCUCAUCCCCGUCUGUGUUGAGCUAGGCGGCAAAGACCCGGCCGUGAUCCUCGACGACUCUCGCACUAUCCGCAAUAUCUCCUCCAUCGCCUCACUCAUCAUGCGCGGUGUCUUCCAAUCAUCCGGCCAGAACUGCAUCGGCAUCGAGCGCAUCAUCGCCCUCCCAGAAGCAUACAACCGACUCAUUGAGAUCGUGACCCCACGCAUCAAAAAGCUCCACCAAGGUUCCAUCCUCCUCGACGCCGAAACCCCAGACGUAGGCGCGAUGAUCUCACCCGCCUCAUUCGCCAACCUCGAAACCCUCAUCAACGAAGCCGUGCAGCAAGGCGCACGACUCCUCGCCGGCGGCACCGAAUACAAACACCCAGUCCAUAAACACGGUCACUACUUCACGCCCACGCUCCUAGUAGACGUGACACGGGACAUGCGCAUCGCACAAACCGAGCUCUUCGCCCCGAUCUUCCUAAUGAUGCGCGCCGAGAGCGUCUCUGACGCAAUCGCCAUCUCAAACUCGACUUCCUACGCACUAGGCGCGAGUGUCUUCGGCCACCACCAACAGGACGUAGAAGCCUGCGUGUCACAGAUCACCGCCGGAAUGGUCUCCGUCAACGACUUCGGAGCCUAUUAUGCGACGCAGAUGCCCUUCGGUGGCGUUGGCGGGUCCGGAUAUGGCCGAUUCGCCGGCGAGGAGGGACUGCGCGGUCUGUGUAAUAUCAAGUCUGUUUGUGUGGAUAGAUUCCCGUCUUUGAUUGGCACUGGUAUUCCCCCACGCUUGGACUAUCCUAUUCAGAACCGGGAGAAUGCCGCUGAUGCUAAGGGGGGAGUUGCGGCUUGGGAGAUGUGCAAGGGCGUUGUCGAGACGGGGUAUCAGCCGACGCUUGGUGGGCGUAUUGCUGGUAUCUUGCGAUUGUUGGGGAAUAUGUGA